GCGAUAUAAACUUCUUGAACUGCAACCCGCUAUGUCUUCUGCGACGUCAAAACCUUUGGUACUCGUAUACGGUGGUACGGGGGCUACUGGAUCGUCGAUCGUUGACGGGCUCGUCAAGCGCGGCCACUUCGACGUUGGCAUACUCACUCGCCCCGCCUCCGCCUCUAAACCCGCCGUGCUCGCUCUCAAGGACAAAGGGGUGCAAGUUCGUGUCGGCGACGCGGCCACGGACGACGUCGAGACGCUUGCUAAGGCGCUGAGCGGCGCGGAAGUACUCAUUAGCGCCGUGUCGGCGUACGCGCUGCAAUAUCAGUAUCGGCUUUUCGAUGCUGCGAAGGUUGCAGGCGUGAAGAGGGUGGUGCCAUGCGACUUUGGGACGUACACCCCACGUGGGGUGCGCGCCAUGGCUGACCUGAAAUACGCCAUCAGGGACUACAUAGACAGCCUUGGCAUUGGGCACACCUAUAUCGACGUCGGCUGGUGGAUGCAGCUCUCGGUGCCCUACCCCUCCUACGUCAAACCCAACUUUGUCACCGAGCUCCUGCGCAGCUUCGCCGGUGAAGGCGACAAGAAGAACGCGCUUACCGGCCUUCAUGACAUCGGCAAGUUCGUUGCGCGGAUCGUCGAGGAUCCGCGCACGAUCAACCAAUACGUGUUCGUUUGGGGCGAGGAGCGGACCGGGGCGGAAUGCUGGGCCGUCGCUCAGCGCAUCUAUGGCGAGGACCUCGAGAGCCGCAAGGUACGAUUGUCGGGCGAGGACCUGCUCCGGACCGCGAAGGAGGCAAAGGAAAAGAUCGCCGCCGACCCGAGCGCGGCGGGCUUCGAGGCCAACGUGAACUUGUCGCAAAGCGAGUAUCAGUACAGCAUGCACAUCCGAGGGGACAACACAGUUGCCAACGCCAAGGCCGCCGGUGCGCUGGACGCGAGGGAGCUCUAUCCUGAUGUGGAGGUGACGAGCUUCGAAGAGUUUGUUAAGCAGUUCUACGCCAACCCGCCUACGCUGUACGAAGUUUAGCUUAAGCAUCGGGAC